UUUGAUCCAAAGGAAAACAUUGUGAUCGGUAACGUGGCUCUCUAUGGAGCAACUGUUGGGGAGGCAUAUUUUAAUGGAAUGGCAGCAGAAAGAUUUUGUGUCCGUAAUUCUGGGGUUAAAGCAGUUGUAGAAGGUGUUGGUGAUCAUGGAUGCGAGUACAUGACUGGUGGGACCGUUGUUGUGCUUGGAAAAACCGGGAGGAAUUUUGCUGCAGGGAUGAGUGGUGGCAUUGCUUAUGUUCUUGAUGUCGAUGCCACGUUCCAAUCCCGAUGCAAUCCUGAGUUGGUGGAUCUCGAUAAAGUUGAAGAAGAAGAGGAUAUUAUGACUCUCAGAGUGAUGAUACAACAACAUCAGCGUCACACAAACAGCCAACUAGCUAGAGAAGUGCUUGCUGAUUUCGAUAAUAUUUUACCUAAAUUUGUUAAGGUCUUUCCUAGAGAUUAUAAACGGAUUCUUGCAAGCAUGAAAGAAGAGAAAAUUGCCAAAGAGGCUGCAUCGAGGGCUGCUAAUGAAGCUGAUGAGCAAGAAGAGGCAGAUUUAAUCAAAAAAGAUGCUUUUGAAGAGCUUAAGAAGUUGGCAGCUAUGUCCUCAAAUGGGAAAGAUGUUCCGAAUUUGCAGAAAGUUUCAGAGACAGAAUUGCCAACGAGGCCAACUCGAGUUCCCGAUGCUGUUAAAAAUAGAGGAUUCAUUAUUUAUGAGCGUGAGGGCGUCUCAUAUAGGGAUCCUAAUGUUCGGAUGAACGAUUGGAAGGAGGUCAUGGAAGAAGCCAAGCCUAGUCCACUUCUAAAGACACAAUCUGCUCGGUGUAUGGACUGUGGUACUCCUUUCUGCCAUCAGGAGAAUUCAGGAUGUCCUCUUGGGAAUAAAAUUCCUGAAUUCAACGAGUUGGUGUACCAAAAUAGAUGGCGUGAAGCAUUAGAUCGGCUUCUGGAGACUAAUAACUUCCCAGAGUUUACUGGUCGGGUGUGUCCUGCACCUUGUGAGGGUUCUUGUGUUCUUGGUAUUAUUGAGAAUCCUGUAUCUAUCAAGAACAUUGAAUGCUCUAUUAUAGAUAAGGCUUUCGAGGAAGGCUGGAUGGUGCCACGACCUCCCCUCAGAAGAACUGGGAAAAGAGUUGCUAUUGUUGGGAGUGGACCUGCCGGCUUGGCUGCUGCUGAUCAGUUGAAUAGAAUGGGUCAUUUUGUGACAGUUUUUGAGCGUGCUGAUCGAAUUGGGGGCCUUAUGAUGUAUGGAGUUCCUAACAUGAAGACCGAUAAGGUUGAUAUAGUUCAACGACGGGUUGACCUUAUGGCAAAGGAGGGUGUCAAUUUUGUGGUCAAUGCUAAUGUGGGAAAAGAUCCCAUGUACUCCCUUGAUCGGCUUCGAGAGGAGAAUGAUGCAAUUGUUUUAGCUGUAGGAGCCACAAAACCAAGGGAUCUUCCUGUACCCGGACGCGAGCUAUCAGGGGUUCAUUUUGCCAUGGAGUUUCUUCAUGCAAAUACCAAAAGUUUGCUUGAUAGCAAUCUUGAGGAUGGCAAAUACAUCUCUGCCAAGGGCAAGAAGGUAGUGGUAAUUGGUGGAGGCGAUACUGGUACAGAUUGCAUAGGAACAUCUAUCCGACAUGGCUGUACUAACAUUGUAAAUCUGGAGCUUCUCCCUCAGCCUCCUCGAACCAGAGCCCCGGGAAACCCUUGGCCACAGUGGCCUCGCAUAUUCCGUGUGGAUUAUGGGCACCAGGAAGCUGCUACCAAGUUUGGGAAAGAUCCCAGGUCUUAUGAGGUAUUAACUAAACGGUUUGUGGGAGAUGAGAAUGGGAAUGUGAAAGCACUUGAGGUGAUAUGUGUCCGUUGGGAGAAGGAUGCUGGUGGGAAGUUUCAGUUUAAAGAAAUUGAAGGCUCGGAGGAGAUGAUCGAGGCAGACCUAGUCCUACUCGCUAUGGGGUUCCUCGGUCCUGAAUCAACACUAUCGGAAAAACUGGGCUUGGAGCAAGACAAUCGUUCAAACUUCAAGGCAGAUUAUGGCCGCUUCUCAACCAACGUGAAUGGAGUCUUUGCAGCCGGGGAUUGCCGGCGAGGCCAAUCUCUGGUAGUUUGGGCCAUCUCAGAAGGCCGGCAAGCUGCUUCGCAGGUUGACAAGUACCUCAUGAGAGAUGGACAAGACAACACAACCAGUCUGGUCGAAAGGGGCAAGAGGCAACAAGAUAGCAGCAAACAGACAGUAAUGACAUAGAUAUAUAUAUAUAUAUAUAUGGAUGGAUCUGUUUAUCAAGAAAUAGACAGAUAGCUUUGUUUUCACAUCCUCAUAUUAGGCUCAUAGAUACAAAAGAACUCAAAAGAGUGCAACAGAGUGGGAUUUGCAGGGUUGGGUGGUAGGUUCUUUUGUGUGUUGUCUUGUGUUUAUAUUUUUGUGAGGGAGGUGGCUCUUGUGAUGGUUGAAAAGAAUAAUGUACAGUUUUUUCUUUGAUCUGUCAAUGGAAAUGGAAAUUAAUAUUAUGGAGAACUAUGCAAGAAAGCUGUUUUGUUAA